AUGUUUUUUUCUUUGACAUACGCCAUGCAUCAUUUGAUCCACGUUACCCCGCGGCUUGUGGCGCUGCUGCUGUUUGUGAUGAUGUCUGCGAUGCGAUUUGUCGGCGGAUGUAUUGCUCUCAGCCUGACGUAUCCUUCGUUUCUUGACGAUUUGUUGCGUACAUACGGUGCGUGGGCGUCUCUGGUGACAGUGAGGGACGCGUGUCUCAGAGCGCAGGAUGCGUCGCGAAUGUACGGCGUCGUUUGUGAGGACCGAUGGGUGACCAUCCGCAUCCAGGCAUCAUCAACGGACUGUGAGGGCAGCAUAAGGCACUGCGGCUUCUUUUGGUGUUGCACAAAGAAUUUAUUGGACGGUGCGUUUGUUUUCAAUCUUUUGGGGCUUUUGUGGGAGAAGGUGGGAGUUUGA